CCCGGCCCGAGCCGCAGCAGCCCAGCACUGCGCACGGCCGCGCCCGCCGCCCGCUGCGUGUCGCCCCCGCGCGCUCCCCGCCGGCUGGUCCCCGCCGCGCCCUCACGGAAGCGCGGCAGUGCGCGUGCGCCGUGCCCGCGCGCCCGGCCCGGAGGAGGCAGCCAGUGGUCGCCCGCGAGGGUGGCGGGCAGCCCCGGAAACAAUCUGUGCCCUCGGUCACCGGGAGCUGGCGAGGUGUCCUCCACGGUGCAGAGAUUGGCUUCUUUCCAAACUGAGGUGGUGGCAUAAUACCUCAUUUUUGAGCCAGCAGCGCCUGCAGUUCCUUUUUGGACUCCUGUGAUAAGAAAAACUACUGGCGGAAGUUAACUACUGAAGCCCCGACAGACCUGGAAUGGCCAAAUAUCAAGGUGAAGUUCACAGUUUGAAACUGGAUGAUGAUUCAGUCAUAGAAGGAGUAAGUGACCAAGUACUUGUGGCAGUUGUGGUCAGUUUCGCUUUGAUUGCUACCCUGGUAUAUGCACUUUUCAGCAGAAAUGCACAUCAAAACAUUCACCCAGAAAACCAAGAGCUAGUACGGGUGCUUCGGGAACAACUUCAAACAGAACAGGAUGCACCUGCUGCUGCCCGACAGCAGUUCUACACUGACAUGUACUGUCCAAUCUGUUUACAUCAAGCUUCCCUCCCUGUUGAAACAAACUGUGGACAUCUCUUUUGUGGUACCUGCAUUGUGGCGUACUGGCGAUACGGUUCAUGGCUUGGGGCAAUCAGUUGUCCAAUCUGUAGACAAACGGUAACUUUACUGCUAACAGUAUUUGGUGAAAAUGACCAGUCUCAGGAUGCUGUAUCAUUGCAUCAAGAUAUUAAUGAUUAUAACCGGAGAUUCUCAGGGCAGCCCAGAUCUAUUAUGGAAAGAAUUAUGGACCUACCCACUUUACUGAGGCAUGCAUUCAGGGAGGUGUUUUCGGUCGGAGGCCUUUUCUGGAUGUUCCGUAUCAGGAUAAUACUUUGUUUAAUGGGGGCUUUUUUCUACCUUAUAUCACCUCUAGAUUUUGUGCCUGAAGCCCUGUUUGGAAUUCUAGGCUUUCUCGAUGAUUUCUUUGUCGUAUUUUUGUUGCUCAUCUACAUCUCUAUUAUGUACCGAGAAGUAGUAACACAGAGACUCAACAGAUGAGAAAAUGAGUGCACUAAAAUAUUUGAGCCAAUGUGUAAAAUCGAACAAAAGGACCAUGGCAGUUUAAAGCAUUUGAAUAUUAUCUUACAAGUUUAAAACCACUGUAUGACAAACAUUUGAUUGUCAUUUGCAAAUGCCUAGCAAUAUAUGACUGGAAUUUUUACAUGUUGCAGGUCCCAAUAGUAAGGUGAGAAUUAUAGUGAUUUACAACUGUAUCUUCAUUCUGUGUUGUCUAUAAAGUUGUGGAAAAAUAUGGAAUUAUAUAAAAUGCGAUGCUUCUAUAUCUUCUCCCCCACCAAACUAUUCAGGUUAACUGGAUGUAUAGUAAGGUGUUGUCAAAUGUACAGUUUAUCCAAUUCAUCCUUCUCAGUGAGUACCCACAUGAUAAUAUAUUGCUGUGAGACUCACCUAAGUAUUUUGGUUACAAUAAAAUAUUGUACAAUAUUGGGGAAAAAAUCAGUGUUUCUUUGAGUAGCUAGGUUUUGUUCAUUUGGAGCAGUUCUGCUUUUCCAUUCUGAUAUAAUUCUUUGCUACCAGCUGAAGGGGAAAGAAGAAACUUGAACUUUGUUUAUUUGAUUUUAUAUUCUGGUUUACAGAACACUUCCUUAAGUGACAGGAGAAUUAACAAGUUGUGAGACAUUGGACUCCAGCCAGCACUCUUGAUAUUCUCAGUUAUGGCAUUUCAGUAAGAGUUUGGUCCUUUUAUAGGAACAGUAUAUAAAAGUUACUUGUAAAGAGAAUUUUUGUUUCAGGAGCCUGGGUGAUACUGCAGACACAUAACAGUUUGGUACAUUCCUGAGGAAGGUGGUUCUCCGUAGCUGUGAGCAUCAAAGACCUGAGGAGGGCACUAGAACACUAAAUUUGACAAGAGAAAUUACUGGUGAGCUAUAGCGACAGAAAUGUACAGAUUUGGUUAGUUUUCUCUUGUCAGAACACUUUUGUAAUACUGUCCCUAGAUGACAGAAUAUAGCCCAGAUUCAUCAGGCCUUGUGCAGAAUGAGAUGAUUCAGCAGGAACGUUAUCUUGGUUUUUGGAUGACUACAGCAUAAGUACUUAACGCUCUUUUAUGCAGUUUUCUGUUUGAGAAGAAUCAAAACCACAAGUAUUACGAAAUCUUAACUCCCUCAGCUGGCACUGCCCUUGAGUGACCUGGACAGCAGGGUAGUCACUGAUCCCCAGGGCUCAGGCAGUGUCAGCUCUGCGCCUGGCAGCCACUGCUAGUCAUCCUGUCCACUCAUGUGUCAGUGAGCCUCACUGUCAGUCUUCCAGGUGAAUCAGAGGCCAUCAACUGAUGAGAUGCUGAAUGAUACAUCAGUAGUGUCUUGUAAUUUGGGCCUAAGACAAAGCUGCUGCUUGUCACAGAGAAAAACAAAAUCCUUAAGUAUAGCACAUUGUAAUUAAAGCGAUUUCUUGCAUACCGUUCAUUUAAUCCUCAAGAGAGUUAGGUGAAGAAGACAGGGCAUUACCUUCCUUUUCAUAGAUGAAAUCCCUGACGUAGAUGAAACGGCUUUUUUUUGUCUGAAGCCAUGCACAGAUAAGUGACCGAACUGGUAUUAGACUCCUAGGACUCCUACAUGGGGAGAAACUGGGAUCCUUUGGAAGACUUUUGGAACAUACUGGAGUAGGACAGCUUGGGUUCUCCUAAGAACAAAGGUUUAGAACAAAGGUUUAGAAAGAUUACAUAUCAAGACUCCACGAAUCCUGAUUCACCAUGUCCAAAUCAAACUUCUCAUAGGGUGGCACACUUCAUAGGAAAACGUUUCAGCUGCAGUCACUAACUUAAGAAGCUAAUGAGUAGGAGUUCUUUACAGCACCAUUCAUCAGUCUCGAAACGCAUUGCCUACCAAUUAUAAAUUUGGUGUGGGGCUACAGCAAAGCCAUUUUUGAAAGGUUUUAAUUUUCUGUGCAUGUGUUCUGCUUCAAGUGUCACACUUACAGUACUUUUAUUGUAAUAUUUGGAAUUCCUUCUAAGACUUUCCUGGUAGAGGCGUAUUGUAUCAACUUUCGUAACAUACAAAAACACUGUAUGAAGUCUUACUAAGUUGAAAAGGGAAUAUGCUGUAUUCUCAGAAGUUUAGACCUGUUUAUUAUGUCAUCUUUAUUGAUCAGUGAUAAUAAAUGUAGAAGGGAUCCGAGAGUAUUUAAAGCAAGUAGAGUCAAUCAGUGUUUUAAAUUUUUAAACAUCAUAGUAAUACUUCUGUGAUUCAGAGUUAGAGCAUAUAAAUCAAAGCAACAGUUUGGAUUUUCGUAAACAACAAUAUUGUAACUUUCAAAACACAGAUGGUCCAGCCCCAGGAGCAGAUGAUAACUUGGGCAGCUCUGUGGGGAGGGAGACAGAGGAAACAGUUGUUCUAACUGUCCACUAGAACAGUGGUUCCAGCUGCUACAGUUCUCAGCACUGAAAGUAACAUGGGAAGAAAGGACUGUGCUGGUCCCUCUGGCUGUGCAGAUACCUACCUCACAGAGCUGUUUCAGAGGACUGACAGUUUGGUUCAAACCUUGUGAUUUAAGAGUUUGUCAAGCAGUGACUCUUUUGAAUAAAAGCAACAUAUCUAAAAUUAAAGAGUAGCUGUUAUUGUCUG